AAGUAUUGACCCAUGUAGUACAAACUUCCUACCAAUUUUUUUUUUUUUAUGGAAAAUCAAAUUAGGCACCGUUUGGUUCUAAUACCACCACCUUUACAAGGCCACAUAACUCCUAUGCUUCAACUAGCCACCAUCCUUCAUUCAAAAGGUUUCUCCAUCACCAUAGCACACACUCAUUUCAAUUCCCCUAAUCCUUCUAAUCACCCUAAUUUCAAUUUUCUACCUUUCUUCGAUGGUUUAUCUAAUACCCAAAUUACUUCCAAGAAUUUUGUAGAUAUUGCUUCAACUCUAAAUAUAAAGUGCGUAUCUUCACUUAAGGAGACAUUAGUUCAUUAUAUUACAAAAUUAGCAAAUGAAAAUCAUGGUGAAAAAAUUGCUUGCAUCAUCUAUGAUGGAUUUUUAUCCUUCAUCGAUUCUUUGGCUAAGGAACUAAAGCUACCAAGCAUAGUCUUCCGAACCACUAGUGCUACUAAUUUACUCACUUAUCACGUGUGUCUUCAGCUACAAAGCAAAGGUUACCUUCCAUUGCAAGAUUCAAAGUCAAGGGACUUGGUGCCAGAACUGGACUUGCUGCGAUUCAAAGAUCUACCCCUUUUUAAUUUGACAAAUCAAUAUGAUUUUUUACAAAGCAUAGGUAAAACACUUUCAAUAACACCUUUGGGUGUUAUAUUCAACACCGUGGAAAGCUUAGAAGAUUCAUCACUAAAUCAACUCCAAAAGCUAUACAAAGCUAACCUCUUCCCCAUAGGUCCUCUACACAUGAUUGCCAAUGAUGCUAACAAUAGUAGCAUUCUGCAAGAAAAUGAUAAUUGCAUAUCUUGGCUAAAUUACAACAAACCAAGAAAGUCUGUGUUAUAUGUAAGUUUGGGAAGCAUAGCUAGUUGGGAAGAGAAAGAGCUAACUGAAGUUGCUUGUGGCUUAGUCAACAGCAGACAAAAUUUCCUUUGGGUUAUUCGACCUGAGUCAAUCAGCGAUGUUUCAGCGUGGUUAGAAUCCUUGCCGGAAGAUGUUAAAGUAGGUGUGGCAGAGAGAGGCUGUGUUGUGAAAUGGGCACCUCAAAGUGAAGUUUUGGCACACAAAGCUGUUGGAGGCUUUUGGAGUCAUUGUGGUUGGAAUUCUACAUUGGAGAGUUUGUGCGAAGGAGUACCAAUUAUCUGCCAACCUUCUUUUGGAGAUCAGAGGGUAAAUGCAAGGUUGCUGAGUCAUGUUUGGAAGGUGGGUUUGGAAUGGUGUAAUGCCAUAGAAAGGGAUGAGAUUGAAAGGGUGGUUAGAAGACUUAUGGUGAAUUCAGAAGGGGAGAUGAUGAGACAAAGAGCAACAGAAUUGAAGCAUGAAAUUGGGAUAGCUGUGAGGGGUUCUUCAUGUGAUGCACUAAAUGGAUUGGUAAAGUACAUCUUAUCAUUGAAUGCCUGAUUUCACAACAGAAUUUAAGGGGGGCAAAUUGAAGUACCUUGUAAUUAUGAUAAGACUUGAAUAUAUGUGAAAUAGAAGAAAUAAGAUUGUAAGGUUAAUUGAAUAGGAGUUACUUUUUUAAAAUUAAAAAAAAAAACAUUAAUUA